UUUCUCGGUCCGCAGCGAUUUUGCGCGAUCGACAUAUUUCUUCAAUUCAGCACGUGGUGUCUAUUGUCUUUCUAAUUGCAUUUCAGUACGUACACACUUUCAGACGGAAUAGGCGGUUAUUGUUGUUAUUUUUUAAUGUAGUUUGUGUUUCUACAAUGUCCAGAAAUCGUGCUUUGACGCAGAAAGAGUUAGAAGAAGAGAUAGAGCGAAUUAUGCAAAAUCUGUCAGAUGAAGCAUCUGCAUUAGAGGAUGACGACGAUAGUAUCGCAGACAGCAACUACGAACCUAUUGAUGAUGAAUCAUCUGAUAGUUCCGAUACAAACUCUACUGCCUCCCCCAUGCUUGCGCAAACCGCAGACACCAAUGACGAUGAGUUAUCCGUUACUUCUGGUACAAAUUCUCCAUUACCAGGAAGUAGUGCUGCCUCCGCGCCUAUGCCAAACACAGACACAGAUGACAAUUUAGCUGGUAACGCCGGCGCCGCCUCGGAUAAUAUGAUAUGGAGUAUUCCAACAGGUAGACAACCAGUUUUAUUACCCUUUACCAAACAAACUGGUACUGAACCCCAUCUUGCUGAGCUUUUGCGUGAAGAACCUCUGGAAAUGUUUUAUUUUUCACUAAUUAAUGACUCUAUUUUUCAAUACAUUGCUGACCAAACGAAUCUAUAUGCCACGCAAGUUAUUACAGAUGAAGCAGAUGUAAAAGGUACAUCUAGGUUACAUAAUUGGUUCCCUACAGAUAAAAAUGAAAUCAAGAAAGUGUUUGGCUUGCUUUCGUACAUGGGUAUUGUAAAAAUGCCUAAUAUACAAGCCUAUUGGAGCCGAGAAGCUAUGUAUAAAAACUCUAUGGCUUCUACAGUAAUGACACGUAAUAGAUUUGAGCUGUUGCUACGUAUGUUGCAUUUUGCAGAUAAUCAGGAUAAUCCAGAUAAUGAUAGACUGCAUAAGAUUCAACCUUUGAUUGACAAAAUAGUGCAUAAUUUUAAAACAUCAUAUGAACCUUCCGAGACUUGUUGCAUUGAUGAGUCCCUUAUUCCAUUUAGGGGAAGAUUAAUAAUGCGACAGUACAUAAGAAACAAGCGCCAUAAGUAUGGAAUAAAGGUAUUCAAAUUAUGCAGCAAAGGAGGAUAUACCUAUAACUUUAAAAUUUAUGCAGGAAAAAAUUUAGACCAAGGUCAUACUACACCCACAUCUGUAGUUAUGAGUCUUUUUGAGCCCAUACUAGAUUCGGGCCGCACUCUUGUAACAGACAACUGGUAUACAAGUGUAGAUUUGGCAAAAAGAUUGAUGGAUAGGCAAACAUAUUUGAUAGGCACAUUACGAAAAAACAGACGAGGCCUUCCAAAAGACCUGGUCAACAAAAAACUUAAAUGUGGAGAGAUAGCCGCUCUCGAAAAUCAGGACGGUGUCACAGUAAUUUUCUGGAAUGAUAAACGCAACGUUUUAGUGCUUUCUACCAAACAUAGCAACACAACAGUAGACACGACAAACCGCAGACAAAAAACUGUAAAGAAGCCUGAAGCCAUUGUAGCAUAUAACUCAGGAAAGUCGUCGGUUGAUAUCUCUGAUCAGAUGACAGCUUAUCAGACACCUUUGCGUAGAACCUUUAAGUGGUACCGUAAGUUAGCCGUAGAGAUUAUCCUGAAUACUGCAAUGGUCAAUGCAUGGAUUAUGUAUAAGGAAACUGUGAAUGCCAGAAUUUCCUUACUUCAGUUUCGAAAAGCUGUUACAUACAAGUUAUGUCAAGCGCAAGCCGAUGGGUUAGCAGAGCAACCAGAUGUUGAGAUGAUUCCAAAAAGAAAACGCCAAAAGCACGAAAUGGGCAAAAGUGAUUAUAAAAAACGAAGACCUUGCAGUAGAUGCUAUGAAAAAGUGAGAGCCGAGAAAGGAUGGAAAGAAGCACGAAAACUCACUAGAGGACGUUAUUAUUGUAAAGGUUGUAAUGGUGAACCGUUUUUCUGCUUAUCAUGCUUUAAUAAGUUUCAUAGAUAUGAAACUCUUUAGAUAGAAAUAAGUGUUUUUCUUACGUUUUUUAUAUAUUAUUAUGUAAACUACUGGUUUUCGUUCUAGAUUUUUGCAAAAAUAAA